UUCUACAAACCAAUAAUAUCGCUCAAUUUUGCCUUGUCACCAGAACAGGGAAGUAACGCGCCGACCCGGUUCGCUGGCGUUUUCGUGUUUAUUAAUUACCCGCAAACAAAGUGUGUUCUGUUAGUCGUCUUCAGAACGGGCACGUAGUGAAAAUGAGCGCCAUUCCCCUGUCUCGCUCUGAGGUGUUUGGAGAGCUGAGGAAGGAGCUGCACAACGAUCAUGAGUUCCGACAUUCCGACGUUCAUGUAUUUAUCAUCAUGGGAGCUUCGGGUGAUCUGGCCAAGAAGAAAAUCUACCCAACUCUCUGGUGGUUGUUCAGAGACGGUCUCCUCCCGGAGAAAACAUUUUUUAUCGGCUUUGCUCGCUCUGACCUGACGGUAGACGCCAUCAGAGCAUCCUGCAUGCCGUACCUUAAGGUGACCGACUCUGAAGCAGAUCGCUUGUCAGUCUUCUUCAGCAGAAACUCGUACAUAAGCGGAAGAUAUGCAGAUGAAGAUUCCUUCGCCAAUCUCAAUAAACACAUCCUCACUUUGCCGGGAGGAGCCCAAGCAAACCGGCUUUUCUACUUGGCACUGCCACCCACAGUCUACCACGACGUUACCAAGAACAUCAAGCACCAUUGUAUGAGUGAAAAAGGCUGGACCAGAGUGAUUGUCGAGAAGCCGUUUGGACACGACCUUCAGAGCUCCGAAGAGCUGUCCGCUCACCUGUCUUCCCUUUUCACCGAAGACCAGAUCUACCGUAUAGAUCACUACCUUGGCAAGGAAAUGGUGCAGAACCUUAUGGUGCUCAGAUUUGGAAACCGCAUUUUUGGACCAAUCUGGAAUAGAGACAGUGUGGCCUGUGUGGUCCUCACAUUUAAAGAACCAUUUGGCACUCAGGGAAGAGGAGGCUACUUUGACGACUUUGGAAUCAUCCGAGAUGUCAUGCAAAACCACUUGCUCCAGCUGCUGUCUUUGGUUGCCAUGGAGAAACCAGCCUCCACCAGCUCUGAUGAUGUCAGGGACGAAAAGGUCAAAGUGCUGAAAUGCAUCAAUCCAAUUGUAAUGUCAGAUGUGGUGCUGGGUCAGUAUGUGGGUGACCCAGAGGGGGAAGGAGAUGCCAAAUUGGGUUAUCGCGAUGAUCCCACCGUUCCCAUAGGCUCGACUCAGUCCACAUUUGCCACAGCUGUGCUCUACGUGCACAACGAGCGCUGGGAUGGCGUUCCUUUCAUCCUCCGCUGCGGAAAAGCUUUAAACGAGAGGAAGGCCGAGGUGCGGCUGCAAUUCACCGAUGUCCCAGGGGACAUUUUUGGAAAUCAGUGUCGCCGGAACGAGCUGGUGGUCCGCGUGCAACCCAAUGAAGCCGUCUACGCCAAGAUGAUGAGCAAGAAACCCGGCGUGUACUUCUGCCCUGAGGAAACUGAGCUGGACCUCACCUACAAGAGCAGAUAUAAGGAUGUGAAGCUACCAGAUGCCUAUGAACGUCUCAUUCUGGAUGUCUUCUGCGGAAGUCAGAUGCACUUUGUACGCAGUGAUGAAUUAAAGGAAGCCUGGAGGAUCUUCACUCCACUCCUUCAUCAAAUAGACAAGGAGAAGCCAGAACCUAUCCCUUACAAAUAUGGAAGCCGGGGCCCGGCAGAAGCAGAUGACCUCGUAAAGCGAGUUGGAUUCCGCUAUGAAGGCACUUACGUAUGGGUGAACCCCAACAAACUUUGAGUUAGAAAUUCGAUAGUUUGAGGGGUGCGCCAUAUUUGGUGAGUUAGUGUGUCCCGAAGCGCUUUACAGAGUGACACACUUCCACUCGGUGGCUCUGGUUAUUUUAUCUCAGGUAAAUAGGUUUUUCCUCUGAGCCACUUUAUUAGAAGUGUGAGCAAUUUAACAAAGCUGACAAUCAGGACUUUAUCCCGCUAUGUGAUUGGUUGUGGGGAACAUUUAAAUUCACUUCACUUUGGAAACAAAACCAAUUGAUUUUUUUUUGGGACCUAGUCUGAUAAACAUGCUCCCUAUCAUUCAUUAACGAGGCAACUAACACAUUCACUUAAGUCUUAUACCAAACCAAAAAGGAUGGUAACUACAGUAGAGUGGAACACAGGAAGGACUGUGCACAAGCAAAAACCUAUCAUUGUGAUUGUAAUACCACAAAGCUUUGAUUGCAUUUUGUUGAUCACAUUUAGUGGAACUUUUUUGCCUUCUCUGCCUGUGGCCAAAAAAAACCAAUGGCUCUUGUAAAUAGACACACAGGAGAGUGCUGAUCAUUUUAUCUUUGCAGCAUUUACAGCAGUUUACAUAUUCACACUUACUGAAGUUCAUUCCAUGUAUUCCAUAUUCUACAAAUCAUGAAGCAGGUCUACACGUCAGCUUUGAUUGUACUUGUAAUGCCCAACGGUGCACUACUUGUAAUGCCCAACGGUGCACUGCUCUUUUCUGUCAUGUCAUGCUAGCAAUACUCUAUUACGUAAUAAACUACUUAUGCUUCUUUA